CUUAAAWUUUUCAAUUGUCGUCUCUUACCUGGUUCCGGUGCUGGUGCAGGUGCUGCCUGUUGUUUCUUCUUCUUCUUUUUCGACUUCUUCUUCUCUCCAGGAAUGGAUGCGAAGGUGGGAGCCGCUGUCGAAGAUGAGUUUCCGUAUCUUCCCGAAUAUGCUUUUUCGUUGUCGUAUAUUCCUCCCUCGCCAUAUCCCCCGUCGCCGCCACUACUAGUAUUCCAAGAAUCCUGGUUUCCGUAUCCUGAUCCUCCACUGGAGCCUCCUCCACCACCUAUUCCCGACGCUCCUUUGUUGAAUUUUCCGAAUUUUUCUCUCAAUUUCCUGGCUUUCUGUCGCUCUUCUCGAACACGUUCGUCGUCACUGAGCAUCUCAAGAAUUUGUUUAGAUUUUUCACGGACGCCCAAACCCCGAUCGAUCGUACCUUCGUAAUAAUUAAAUUGUCCGAGCGAUCGCAGGAUGUGACCGUGGUUUCGGGCAUCGUCGACGCACCGUUCCGCUCCGUUCUUCACGAGAUGAUCUAAUAAAUUCAAAGCCUUGAAAACAAUCUUCCAAGCGGCGGGACGCUGGUUUUCCAUUCCAUCCCACAUUAGAUUGGUAACGACUUGAAAACGUUCCAUGUCAUACGUAUCGCGGGCGAUCUCGUUCAUCAACGAUCCAGAGGCACCCCAGUUUUUGUGUGACAAACAUUCGUAAACCCGGGCUUCGACAUCGGUCUUUGGUUUUGCCUGGUUGAAGCUGAAACGCGGCCGAGGGGAAUUGUUUAUCGGCGUGAAUUAUUCCAUCGAACAUUUACCAAAGAACAUAUGAACAGUAAGUCAAGUCGAAUUACAAUGUGCAGAAUCCACUACUUUGUUCAAUAAACAUAAUUUUACGAAAAAUAAUUCCGACCAUUAUUCCAAAGUCAUUUUCAGUACUGACUUGUACGUAAAUACAACCAGAGAUGACCGGAACUGCACAAUUUAAAUGUCGACUUACGCAUCUUCAGCCAGGUUCUGGAUCUUGUCGAUGCUCAGGUCCUUUAUAAAAUUCAUUUUAUCACAAUUUAAUUUUUGUUACUAGCAAGCGUUCUUUGUUCCUGGUCGGUAACUUCAAAGCUUCAAGAAGGUUUGUGUCACUCGAGAGGCCUUUUUUGCGUUUGGCUGCUAUCGUGAUUUUCAUUCAAAUCGAGAAUGAGUGAAUCCCAAUCUUUCGAUGCCGAAACUUGAGACUAUUGCGCCACUUGUUGAAACAAUGCAAAAACUUCAUACCUACCGGUACCGUACCAUACCCUGCAGGUACGGUGCUUGUAUGUAUCCUGGAAUUUUUACAAAUUUACAAAUCGGUCUUUCCUUCAGAAUAAUGUCUGUGUACGAAUUACGAAUACCAGUUAGUACUUACAAUUACCGGUAGGUAUCCUACGUACUGGUACGAUACGGUCGUCGGUCCAUCAUCAAUCGGUCUGAAGAAGUCAAAUUCUAAUCCCAUGAGUCAUUACACGGUGAAGAAGAUAGCCCAAAAUUGAAGCUUGGCAGAAAACAUGUAGAAUGUUAAUAAGGGUCAACUCACUUGAACAGCUAUAUCUUGAUCCACAUUGGAUGCUUGAGAAUGGUAGGCACAUGAAUUGAAAGCAAAUUUAAACAGGAUUCUAGUCAUAUGGGGGAGUUGGUGGGAGUUCCUCCUAGUGGCAUUUAUUGAUAAGAAGGACUCUAGACCACUGCUGGACCAUAGUAGAGCUAUUAACUUUUUCCUGUCUCUGCCCAAAUUGUGCAUUUUUGGAUUUUUUUUGGGAGUUUCCAUGAUUUUCACCUGCGUAAACUGCAGUACAAAUCCCAUACAAAAUAAGACUGAAAUACCAAAAAGGAGUUUUAAACAAUUACUUUGUAUAAAAUACCUUUUCUGCUCAUUCAUUUCUCUCCUUGUAAUAUCCAAGCAAGAAAAUAUAAAACAAUCCAACCCAGAAUAAAAACUAUCACCUAAACCAUCAUAUUUACCACCAACAUAAACUAAUCAUAUCACCACAAUGGAUGAUGAUGAUUCUUUUUCUGAUGGUUGACAAUUAUUCAUACUAUGGUCAUACUACUAGUAGUGAUGCAGACCUAUCUGACAACAGUGGUGGUGGUGGCCUGCACCCUUGUCACAGUAGCAGCCCCUCCUAAGAUGACAGCAGUGUUUUCAGUGGUGUUACUACUAGUAACAGUUCUCUUGGAAUAAGUCUUUCUGAUGAUGCCCCUUACUAAUACAACAAUCAUGCUCCCUCCUUUGAGAAUAAAAUUGAAGAACUCCUCCUUGACUGUGACCUCUCUGAUUCAUCUGAUCUGGAGCAGGAUGGUGAAUUGGAAAAUCUUCUCCAGGACUCCUCAGUUCUCAUGAGUCCCAUUAGAAUUCUUCCUGGUGGUACACACAUGUCUUUACUACCAGUAGAUGAUGAUGAAAAAGCACACAACAAUGACCAUGAAGAAGAAUGGAACAACAAUGUCACUCAGCAUCAAUCUCCUUGCGUCAGGAAUGUUGUGCAAUUCUUUGAACAAGUACAAGACACAAGUCCACCCAAGAGGAAAGGAGAUCAGCUCUAUAGUAUACGAGUACUACUACUACUACUACUAGACUAGUACUGCUGGAAGUAUCAUUCAUGAUUAUCUCCAACACUGAAGAGUGGUUUGGUGGGUUUCAUUUGAGGAUGUUGAGACUGGUAACAGUUGAAUACUGUCAACAAAGCUUGCAUUAGUGUCAUGGUGACAUGGAAUGGCAAGAAGUUGUUGGGUGAUAGUGCAGAGGAGGGGUUAUCUCCUCCCCCCUCUGUCCAGUAGUAUACAUCACCUGGAGGAGGUGCAACCCCAGAUCCCACCUGUGCUGUAGUAAGGAAUACAUUGGAUGGCUGUGCAAAUAAGGUGGAAGGGUUGGUGCAUUUCUUCUUGUUCUUGUUUGAUGAACAAAGAAUCCUUCAGCUGAUAGCAAAUGAUCCCAACCAGUAUACAUUUGAAGAUUGGACUGAAAAGCUCCAUAUGAUGAAGGUUCUAAGCAAGAGUGGAUGCCAAAGCUAUCAAAGAAUGGAAAAUACCACCCUUAUGAUUGUCGGAUUUGUUUCUUCUGUGUGGACAAAAUUACCAGCACCACCAUUGCUCAUGGAAAGGUGACUUCAAAGCCAAAGGAAGAAAUACACAGUGGCAAGUAUGAAGGAGUGAAGAGGACCUAUUGUGUUGUCUGUGUAGAAGAAGCAAAGCAUAGGUAUCCUAACUCAUCAGUGAGGAGAUUGAGGAAGUUGCCAUGGAUUAGUAUUAAAAUGUCAAGGAAUGGUUGCAGAAGUUGCAAUGUUGCUGCAUGGUGGUGUAAAGAGCAUUGGUGUAACUUCAACCAUCAAGUUGGUGAUGCGUUAUAAAUGAAUACAUUUAUUUGUUAAAACUAUUCUUACUAUAAUAUUGUUUAUACUAGUAGUGAUGCUGAGAGGGGUGUGACAAGUAGUAGAGUAGUAGAGUAGUAGUAGUAGCAAAGAAAAAAAUCCUAAUUUCUCCGGUUGGCAACACAGGAGGGGAAAAAGUUGAAGGCAAGUCCCUUACUGGCAAGUUAAUGGCAAUUCCGAACCUCCACGGCUAGCUGGUUUGCCUGGAAUGUGCACAUGCCCCCUGUACAUUACAGUACUACAUUACAAAUCCUAUGUAAUCUACAUACAUAUUUUUUUAGYUCAAAUUCAGUACUGGAGAAAGUACAUCCAAUGCUGAACCUCCACCAUACAUACUAGAAUAGCGCGCAAAACAAUAUGCAAAAGAACAUGCAAAACAGCACAGAAAUGAUGCAAAUUUGCAUUAUCUGCAAGCGUACAUUCAUACCAUACUCAAGCAAUUCACAUUUGAGUUAUUGGCAAGUGUUCAUUCAUACCCAAGCAAUUCACGUUUGCGUUUCUGGAUACUCAAUGAGCUAGUGUUUGGACGCUUUGCGUUUGUGGAUACUCAAGGGACUGGCGUGCAGGCACUUUGAAUUUGUGGAUACGCAAGGAGCUGGUGGCAUGCAGAGGCUUCGAUACUCAAGCAAACAGUAAUUGCAUUUGCUGAUACUCAAGGAACCGGUGUACAGAGGCUUUGAUACUCCUCAAUUGAAUGGUCAUUGUGUUUGCUGAUACUCAACAAGGGACUGGCAUGCAGAUGAUUCAUACUCAAGGGACCAACAUGCAGAAGCUUCAUACUCAGAAAAAACUCCUGUUAAUUGUCUUGUACUUGAGGGACUGGCAUGCAGAUCUUCAUGUAUGAUUUGCGUUCUUUGUGGAUACUCAAGCAAGUCUGAAAGGGUGUAGUGCCAAGCCAAUAUGUCUACUGACCAGCCAGUGAUGGCAGUAGGAGAGCAUAUUCAUCAUGGACAGGAUAAUCUUUAUCACAGAAGUGGGGUAUGACACCAUAAGGGUAGCAUUUGUGGAUACUCAAAGGACUCCCACUUCUUCAAGUCAAUCACCAGUGUUCUUAUCAAUGAUGAAUGUAAUCUUUGAUCCACUGGAUGAUUUUGUACUAGUAGAAGAUAAUUUUAAUAUCAGUUCUUCCAAAAAAGCAACAAUCAACCAAUUUAUGAGACACUGAUAUGGAGGAGUAUGCUGAUAAGGAUAAGUAUACUGAUAUGGAGUAUGCUGAUAUGGAGUGCAAGGUGAUUUGCUGGUACAGAGAAGCUGCUGAUACAGAGCACACAGUGAAUCACUGCUGAUACAAGUUGCUGAUAAGGAGGAGCUGCUGAUAUGAGUUGCUGAUACAGACUACACCAAUAUGGAGUACACUGAUAUGGAGUACACUGAUAAGGAGUACACCACUGAUAGGAAGUACACUGAUACAGAGUAUGCUGGUGAUACGGAGGAGCCGCUGAUAUGGCGGAGGARUACAGUGAUACAAGUUGUUGAUACGGAGAAGUAAACUGAUAUGGAUUAUGCUGAUGCAGAGGAUGCUGCUGAUGCAGAGGAUGCUGAUACUACAGAUAUGGAGGACACUGCUGAUACUAUGGAGGACGUUGCUGAUACAGAGGACACUGAUAUGGAGGACACUGAUGCAGAGGACACUGAUAUGGAGGAGCCCAGUUUUAAAAUAAUGGAAUUUGAUAUCUGAAAAAAUCAGGCAAAGCAAUGGGUGAAAUGGGUUCAGUUGCUAAAUACCCCCAGGAACCAUUCUCCGCCAGAAUUUUUCAGAAGUUGAAUGACAUUUUUUAAAAGCAGUUACUAAAAUAAUGGGAUUUACCUGUAAAAAUAAGCCAAAAUUUUCUACUAGCAUUUGUAUGGGAAUUGCCAAUAACUUGCCAGUAUAGCACUUGUUGCCUUUAACAAUAGCUCCUACUGGACUAGUAAGGGCCCAGCAGUCAUUCUUAUUGGUGAUAUAAUUACUUAGAUGUCUGUGUCAUUGUUGGGAACCCAUGAUAGGAUGCUAGUAGUAUAUCAGAGGCCUAGAACUAGCUAACCACCAAAAUUUCAGUGCAUAGCUGGUGGCCAAAAUAGAACACACAUUAUACUUGUACUGUGUGGUCUAGUAGGAGACCUUACUACUAGUAGUAGUACCUUUGUGUCGUCAUGCCCCCCCCACCACUCUUCCUAGUGCUAGCUACUACUACUACUACUACUAAAACUGGGCUGUUCAAAACUGUCCAAAGGACAAAAACUAUUUUUUCAUCGUUUGACCUCCCUCUGACUCUAAUGGAUGUGAUCCAGAAAUGAGCACAAUUGAAAUUUUAAUAUAGUAGUAGUACUAGUACUAGUGUACUAGUAGUAACCAAUGAUAUUAGAUAGAUCCCCAGUAGUAAGGACCAGAAAUAGAAAUAUUUGGGGACGAGAGGGGAAGUGGGAAGUGGAGAUCGGAAAACAAAAAAAUUGACGGCCGUUUUUGGUUUUUGCCAAUGGCUUGCCUUGAAUAGCUCUAGACCGUGGAUGACGUCCCUCUCGUGUGUCCAAGAAGGUUAGUAGACCAGUGCGGUACGGUUAAGUAUCAAUGGUGCCCUACACCGAUACUAAAAAAAUAGAGAAACCUCACCCAGCUCAAAAACUUGAUAAAUCUCACCCUUCUUCUUCCCCCCGAAAGUCCAGGACUACCAUAGUUCAGAGCAACCGGAAAACAGUUUCUAGAUACAUGCAAUUGUGUGUUGACCUGAAAAUUGAAAAGCAACCAAGACCGAGAUGACGACGAAGAAACCGCGACGUAGCACUGAAAGCGAUGGCGAUUCCAUGUUUGAGUCUGAUUCCUCGGCGGCAGCCGAACAAGAGACAAAGCGAAGGAGAUUAAAUAAUGACAGCAAACCACGAAGCGACGAAACUAAAGGUGGGGACGAGCACAUUCCUGGAUCUAUUGAAACGAAUAGAACUGUUGAUCCAGCAUUAUUGGAACAUGCAAAACAGCGUCUCAGCAAAUUUGCUGCUCGGCUGUUUGAUCCUAAUCGAAAAAGGGUACGCCUAAAUUAAUUUGUUUCGCUGAUAUUGUUUCCAAAAGAAUCCAUUGUUUAUUGUAAAAUUGUACAAAGUUGCAUCCGUGCGCAUAGAACCAUUCGAAAGGAUCAUGUCCAGAAUUAAGCAAAGGAAAAUUGUCUAACUGUAGUUUUAUGUCUCUUUUCCUUGUCAUUUCACCUUUUCUCGUAAGGGAUUGGUCGAAGCUCCUGCAAUUAUACCUUUAAAUGAUGAAAUUUUGAAAGCCUUUGGAAAUCGUGAAAAGCACAAAUACAAGGAGGAAGUUGAUCAUACUAUAGCCGACGAGGACGAGGAGGGCAACGAUAAAGGAACCACAAAAAAGGUGGCGGCUACUAAAGGAAAAAGAAGUGCCCCAAAAAAGAAAGAGCAUGUAUCCACUCACAAAGUCAAGAUAACAAACUUGAACUAUCGAACCACGGAAGAGAUGUUACAGAGUGCAUGCUUACGCUUUGGAGAUUUGACAGAAGUCGUCAUGAUUUGCGACAAUCCUAGUAGUGACAGUAUCCAUAACUCUGGAACUGCCUAUGUAACGUUCGAUACAGAAGAGGGGGCCAAAUCGUGCCAAGAACGUCUGAAGUCACUACAUGGGCGCGAUCUUCGUGUCUCCCUUGCUCUAGCUAGGUCGAAAAAGAACACCAGUGGUAAGCCCUCGGGUGGAUCUCUUCUGAACAAUCAAUCCACGAAGGAUAUAUCGACUGUCUGCUUCAGAUGUGGCGAGGUCGGUCACAGAGAAGCAGAUUGUCCCAAUCCUAGAAAGCCGAAGCCGUGUCCGCUUUGCGGAAUGACAGACCAUGACUUCAGGUCGUGUCGAAAGAAGCAGGUUUGCUUCAAUUGUGGCCAACCGGGUCACAUUAGUAGGGAUUGUACCAUGAGAAGAGGACUACCUCGGCGAAUGGUGUGUGGCACCUGCUUUCAAUCUGGUCACCAUCGACUUCAAUGUCAUUUGCAAGGUCCGGCGCCAUACGUCAUAUCGGAUGCUAUUUGCAUGGACUCUGGAAAACGUGGACGUUUUCUUACUAAGGAACUGAAAUGGUUUUAUGGUCUCCAGGGUAUGUCCUGUUUCAACUGCGGGGCGCAGGGGCACUCAGGUUACGAUUGUAACCGACCGACUCUCUACCACUGUAUUAACAAUCCGGAUCAAGCUCUGCAGGAGAUACAACGUGCUGAAGCCGAUUCCAUGUAAGUUACACGUCCUGAAUUUGCUUUCAUGCUUUGUUGAUUAAUGAGGACACAAUAUGUYUUUAAGCUAAUAAUGCCUGUAAUUCUUUCUAAUAAUUUAGUGCAGAAGAACUUGAGCGAGAACGUCGAGAGCAGAGAGAGAAGCGUGGUAGGGGGAGAAAUCACCAGAAAGGGAAUGAUAACAAGAACAAAAAGCGUCGGGCGAAGUCGAGUGGUCCAAACCGCAGGGAUAAGCGUGGAUAUCGGUGAUUGUUAUUUUGGGAACAACACGCAAGACUCAGUGUAAUAGCCAAAUACUUAUUCUGCAGGCGGGAUUGUUCUUUGCAUCUUUCUGUUAUGACGGUGUAAAACUCUCAGCAUCUCUCAAAAAUAUUUGAGAGUUCCAAGUCUGUUCAAUUMUGAUAUUUGUGGUCUCCAAAAUGAAAAACGAUUCGUGCAUUUAGAAACAACGCCCGUAUCAUUCAAAUCGUGUGCUAGCACCUGAUAAUAGAAGAAAAUACUCGGCAAAUCACUUUCUAUUGACUUUGAUAUAGAACAUUCAGACGGUUAGAAAGCUUCGAAACGCUUCAAAUCGAAUGAGAGAGGAUAGUCAGUGAAGAUCGAAUGUAACAAGACCUGAUGCAUGGCCAACCCAAACUCGGGGAGCCGAUUUCGUGCCUUCCUCUUCCUUACAAGAGAUCGAGUAUAUCAUUGAAUUUUGUGCUACUUUGACGUGGUCAUCUUGCAACUGACUCACAAGACUACCAUCAUCCCCUAUUCUGGUAGUAACGAAAUGCAGCUCACCAUCCGAAGUGCCGACAGCAACCAAACAUUCGUUUUGUUCUCUACUGUCUACGACAAUUUCCAUCGCAGUUAACCUCAAGAGAGUUUCUUUCGAACUGUCCUCAAUUUCCACCCUUGAAAUCAAUUCAAAUCCUUUGCCAAACGAUACACGAAACAAAGACAGCACUCCAUCAUUUCCUAUUGUGAAGAUGACAUCCAUUGCUGAAGAGAAGGCAAUCGCAUUGACUCUACCAUCAUGUGCCAAUGCGAUAUGCAAAGGGUUUCGUACAUCAACAUAUGAGUUGCCUUCUUUUCUCUUCACAUAUUGAUCAGAAGUCCACACAUGGAUGCGGCCAUCAACGCCGCCCGAAACGAGUAAUCGAGACAAACCCUCAUCGCUAUCAACGGUUGGUGGAACGAGACAAAGGCAUAGCAAGUCACUGGAUAACGUAGUUCCCACAGCAGGACAGUUUUCUAUGGUGCGCUUGAUGCUGUGGAAAAUUGGUAGCAAUUUGUCUUCGUUGUCAUCUUGGAGGUGAUCGCUGUCCAGUCUUGAACAAUUCCAACUUUCGAUGCAAUUACACCCAAUCGAAUGAAGCAAUUGGCUCUCGUCAUCAUAUACAAGGGCUUUGACCCAUCCAGUAUGAGGACCUAGCUUCUGCACAAACUUCAACCUUCUGGUUAUAACUUGGGGAGUGCCAACAUCAUCAUCAGUAGCUAUUUUCCAGACCGAUAUCCACCGGUCGCCACUUCCACAAAAUAUAAAUUUUUCGUCCAUCUUCUCUGCUGAUGAAUUCUUUCUCUUGUGGGACAUGGCUACGAUCGAAUAUAUCGGAUAUUUGGUCUUGUAAUCAAGCGAAUUUAGUUCAAUCCAGCUAUCCAUACCAUUUUGGGUGGCAUCGAUUUUAUUACAUUGAUCUAUCCUCGAACCAAAACUAUCCAUGAUAGAAAUAUUUCCUUCUUGAUUCUGAGAGUAAGCGCGGAUUUCACCCUUCUUGGUCCCUACCACGAUACUUGAAUCCUCCGAAAAAUUAUGCACUGCUGUGGUGCCGACAUCGAGAAUACAUUGUUGGUUCCGCUGACGCGCAGAUAUCGAGAUAGCUUCGACUCGCCCAAUUAUGUUUUCGAAGCUUCUGCAAGUAUGAUAACAGAAAAGAAGGCUGUGUACUACACGGAAUAUACCCCUCAUAUCCUAGGGCCUUGGAACCUGUCUGCCGCUCCGGUUCCUCGAAACGAUGACACAGGAUGUUAUCAGAAAUCAUGUCUUUUACUCAAACUUCGCUCUAUACCUAAAUACAGCACAAACGUACCGGUACGGUGUACCUAGAUGUUCGCAUUUUUUGAAGAUGAGAAACGAAAUAGAAGUAAGGUACGUACGUGCUCGUAUGAAUGGUACGAGUAUCGUAAUCGAUACCAUAUUACGUAUCAUAGUACGUCCAACAGUAUUGUAGAGUUGAUGAUGAGAGAAGCAAAUAAAAUACAGUAAG